AUGGGUAAUGACGAGUCUUCGCCCGUCGACGAGUCCGUCGCGCCCCGGACACUUCCUGGUCGCACCGUCGAGGCUCUGGCGGAGCACAUCAAGAGUGGCCAGGUGAAGAAGAUCUGCGUCAUGACUGGUGCGGGCAUCAGUACGAGUGCUGGUAUCCCCGACUUCCGAUCGCCGGAUACGGGACUCUACGCCAACCUCGCAAGGCUGAAUCUGCCAUAUGCUGAGGCGGUGUUCGAUAUCAACUUCUUCCGCAGAUCGCCUGAGCCCUUCUACGAACUAGCCCACGAGUUAUAUCCCGGCAAAUUUCGCCCGACAAUCACGCAUUCGUUUAUCAGACUUCUGAAUGACAAGGGAUUGCUCCUCAAGCACUUUACGCAGAACAUCGACUGUCUGGACCGCGAGGCAGGCGUACCCGACGACAAAAUCGUCGAGGCGCACGGAUCAUUCGCCCGCCAGAGCUGCAUCGAUUGCAGCAUGCCCUAUCCGGAGGAGUACAUCAAGUUGCACAUCGAGGAGAAGACGAUCCCUCGAUGCGAGCUUUGCAAGGGGCUGGUUAAACCAGAGAUUGUUUUCUUCGGCGAGCAACUGCCUGCGUCAUUCUUCCAGAACCGCAUGCUGCCAUACGAGUCGGAUUUGGUCAUCGUCAUGGGUACUAGUUUGACGGUGCAGCCUUUCGCUUCCUUGCCGGGGAUGGUGAGGGAGGAGACGCCGAGACUUCUUAUCAAUAAGGAGAGGGUUGGUGGUUUCGGUUCCCAGGCGGACGAUGUACUGCUGAUUGGAGACUGUGACGAAGGCGUGAGGAAACUUGCAAAGGCGUGUGGGUGGUUGAAGGAGCUGGAAGCGCUGUGGGCGAAGACGGCGCCGAGGGAUGCACCGACAGACGCAGAGGCGGAGAAGGAAGCGCCACCGAAGGACAAGGAUGAAGUGCUGGAGGAUGAGAUUGAUAAGUUGACCAAGGAAGUGGACGAGACGCUGAAUCUGUCCAAGUGGCAUGAAGAGAAGGUUCGCGGAGGUUCAUCGUCGGCUCCGAAGUCCGUCGCAUCAUCGCAGCACGAGGAUGAGAAGGGGAAUCUCAACCAUGUCUUCGUAUCGAACGAGGCUUCGAAGAAGGAGGGCGCUGCUUCAACGACGCCGGUCGUUGCGGAGAAAGACCAAACGGCAAAGUCUGAAGGAGGAAAGAAGGAUUGA